AUGGAAGGCUUUGUCUAUCCGCCCUUCAGCACAUACCAGAGCUUCAGGGGUAGUCUCACACCCAGCCGUGGCAGGGACCCGACGGUGAAGCAGCCCAGCUGGAAGCAGGGCAAGAGCAUCAGCCCCUUCCUCGGGGGACCCUUCACCCCCACGCCCUCCGACUACGUGGACAGCUACCGACGGGCACAGCUCCAGUCCCUGCUGUUGCAGGUGAGCCCCGGGCUGAUGCCGCGGCCUCCCCAGGCCAACACCAAGGAGGUGGGCGUGCAGGUGAACCUGCGGGCUGACGCCGCCGUGCAGUGCUCGCUGGGGCCGCGCACGCUGCCUGUUGGCUGCUUCCUUAGCGCCGCUGCUCGGCGUGCCCCGGGGCACUUUGCCCUCUACUCACCCAUGCCCGACCGCCGCAUCUUCACGCUGCCUGAGGCUGCUGAGCCCCAGGAGAAGGAGGAGGCGUCUGGAACGACCACCGAGGAGCAGAAGGUGGAGGAUGGUAGCAGGGAGCAGCAGGAGGGCCAGGCAGAGGCUGCUCUGCCGAGUCAGGAGGCAGCAGAGGCGCCACGGGAGGAGGCUGCGGCCCCCAGGCGGCGGGCUGCUUUCCAGUUUUUGGAGCAGAAGUAUGGCUAUUUCCACUGUAAAGACUGCAAGACCAGAUGGGAGAGUGCUUAUGUGUGGUGCAUUUCUGGAAGCAACAAGGUGUACUUCAAGCAGCAUUGUCGCAAAUGCCAAAAGGGCUUCAAUCCCUAUCGAGUGGAAGCAAUCCAGUGCCAGACCUGUUCAAAGACUCGUUGUUCCUGCCCUCAGAAGAAGAGGCAUGUUGAUCUCAAGAGACCUCAUCGCCAAGAACUUUGUGGCCGCUGCAAAGGCAAGAGGCUGUCCUGUGACAACACUUACAGCUUCAAAUACAUUGUCUGAUAUGUGUGCCUGCUUCUGUUUUGCGCUGUGCACUUUGCACUUCGUCAGUCUCUUGCUUUGACUUUAGGCUUUUGACCUGGCAUUGGAUAAUGGAUAAGGACUUUUGUAUUUAUAAAGUAUAUAACUUAAUUGUAUGUAUGUUAUGAAUAAAGUUCAAUAAAUGUUUGCACUAGUUUGUUACCCCAUGGUUUCAUCUUGCUGGGAUGAAAGAGGAAAGUAUAUCUAGAAGGAAACCAAACCUAUUUGAUUUUCUAAAGAAAACAGGGUUUGGUUUUGGAAUGCUAACAUAAAAACUGCAAAAGCAAGUCUUUCCUUCGGUCACUUAAACUAAACUAGUGUUGAAGGUGCAAACGUUCUGUAGCAUAAAGUCUGGGGUAAAUGCAUCU